UCUCGUUUUUAAAAUAUAUAGUUAGGUAAGGAUAUUUCGCUUCGUCUGACCUCCUUUUGGUAUAUUUUUGUAAGUCACAAAAAUAUUGUUGUCCCUUUUCGCGCCUCGUUUCGAUUCUCGACUGGGCGCCAUCCGCAACAGGUGCACAAUUUCGUUUUCGAGAGAGGUAAACUCAUUUGCACUUAGAGCCAUGACAACUAGUGUCAUUGGUGGCAAAAGAGCUUGCAGUCUAAAUGUUUAUAUUACGAACUUGAGGCGGGUCAAACCUUAAAUCAGCAGCGAAGCCAGGUGAAAAACGUCAGAGCGACAGCAGGCAGAAGUCUCGUUACUUCAAAGUAAAACAACAGGAAUUCGUGUUGCGCACCUGGCGCGGCUUUCAUCAACUGGAGCCUAACCCGGCGAAAUGGCUAAUCCGUUUCGCUGGUGUCGAGUGUCGCACGACUGCGUGUUCCAGAUUAAUGUGGUUCUGGUGGUGGUCGGAGUGAUCUUUCUGCUUGACGUGCUCAGCCACCUCUAUCUGAAGGCGGUCAUGUUUCCAGGCCUUCGUCUGUACCCGGUAGCCUUGAGGCCCUGGCUCUUUUGGGUGCGCGCUUUGACAAUGGUUGCCUACAUUCUGAACGCUGUACUUGGGAUUCACAUGGCCCGACGACCUACCGCCUUGAAGUACGCUGGCUAUAUGCUCGUUGGAAGCGUGGUGUUGCUGUACACCAUAAGCAUCGGAGUGACUCGCUUCAUGUACCGCAAAAGAUUCGAGUUCUUUGCCGAGAUGCUGGUGCAGCAGAUGUGGGUAAGAAACAGUCUUGGCAAGUUCGAAGUAGAGUUCGAGUGCUGCGGAAGGACCAGCGUAGUCGACUACCAGACAGCAUCGAGCAACCGCACCUGGCCCAUUGGCUCUUGCUGCGGGGAGCAGAACUGCACCGGCUGCACUUCGAAGCUUAGCCAGUACCUGUGGACCAUCGAGAUGGAUGUGGCAAGGGAUAAUAUUAUCGUAUCCGUUCUCUUGUUCGUGGCGAUGAUCGUCAUGGUUUUACACUUCAAGGAUGUGCAAGCCCACGACGAUUCUCUUGAUGUGGAUGAGACAUCAGAACUGGCAGACGACUCGGACGCCAAGGAAUAAGCCCCAUUUCUAUCUAGUCGUGACGGUCCUAAUUGCCUAUUUAUGUUCCUUCUAAUGAUUUUUUUCUUAACACAUCUCUGCCAAAGACACUAGAAUAAAUAAGUUAAUCUAGUGUCUUUGUCUCUGCCCUGUAGCUGUCAUCCUGUUUUUGGCUCAUUUGGUCGGCCAAACACGUCCUCAGCUUUUAUAAGGUCUCCCUCAUUUAAAUACAUACAUACUCUUUUGAAAAUAUAUUUAUAUUUAUUUUCUGCGACAAAGGUUAUGAUAAUUAGAUCUGAAGCUAUAAAUUAUGAUUUUGAAAUCUGAAGUCCCGGCCGCUUUACCUAAACCAAAAUGGACUCAUGGUUUUGAUCUCAACGAAAGAAUUUUGGGAAGAACGGCAUUCUGACAAUUAUUGGUAGUGUUAGGAUAGUAUUUUGCAAUGCAAACAUUUUUCAAAAGUGCGUGGCAAUAUGGGUCAACAAAGUUCCGCUGUCUCUACAAUCUGUAUGCUUAAUCUCAUUUUAUAAAUAAAGACAGAAUAUAUAUACUUUAUAUGGUCAAAAACGCUUCCUUCUAC